CGACUCCACCAUCAUCAAAGAUGUAAACUUCCCUCUCGUUUCCUCUGUGUGCCGCCCUGUAGAUUGCCCGUGCCUGACCAUCGUGCUCCUGUAGGACCCGGCGUUCGUGUACGAUGUGUCGAUGAGCCCGACGGAGAAGAGCCUGCUCUGGAAGCAGGACAUGCGCAUCAUCCCACUCUCGGCCGCCAUCUACUUCCUGUGCUUCCUCGACCGCACCAACAUCGGCAACGCCAUGAUCCUCAACUCGUCGACCAACAACGACAUGCAGCACGAGACCAACAUGACCAACUCCCAGUUCAUCAUCUCCCUCAUGGUCUUUCUCGUCUCCUACGCCGUCUUCGAGGUCCCCAGCAACAUGCUGCUCAAGAAGCUGCGGCCCAGCCGAUGGCUCGCAUUCCUUAUGUUCUGCUGGGGCGCAAUGACCAUCGUCACGGCCGCCACCAAUAGUUUUGCGAGCGUCACGGCGGUUCGAUUUUUGCUGGGAACGUUUGAGGCGGGCUUGUUCCCGGGAUUGGUUUAUUAUCUCACCUUUUGGUACAAGCAUGACGAGCGAAGUGUGCGUGUCGCAUUUAUCCUCGCAUCCGCCACUCUGGCUGGCGCAUUCGGCGGCGCAAUCGCGUACGGCAUCGGCCACAUGAACGGCACAUCGGGUCUCUCUGGCUGGCGGUGGCUGUUCAUCAUUGAGGGCAUCCCGUCGUGUCUCUCUGCCUUCCUCGUCCUCUUUUUCCUACCAGACUACCCCGAGCACACCAAAUGGCUCACUGAAGGGGAGAAGGAUAUGGCGAUUCAGCGACUGUACUACGAGGGUAGCAAGGUCUCCCAUCCGACCAUGAACUGGGAGGAGGCCAAGGAGACGCUCACUGACUGGCGAUUGUAUGCGCACUACGCAAUUUACUUCGCUGCCAGCCCGGCGUUUGCGAGUUUGAGUCUGUUCUCGCCGUCCAUCACCGUUGGGCUGGGAUACCUCGACUUGCAGGCGCAAUUGAUGACGGUGCCUCCGUGGGCCAUCGCAUACGUGUGCCAGGUUCUCGUGGCAUGGUCGGCGGAUCAUUUCAACGCAAGAGGCGUCCACACAGCCGCGGCCUCUGCAGUCGGUGCCAUUGGGUUCAUUAUGUCUGCAGCGCUCCCGGCGGAUGCGUAUGCAGCGCGAUAUGGCGGUCUUAUCAUGGCCACGGCUGGCUCAUUCGCGUGUAUCCCACCGAUGUUGGGAUGGCUCAGCUCCAACGUCUUCACGACGGCGUCCACAGGUCUCGCUAUCGCCAUCAACGUGUCCCUAGGUGGCGGCCUCGGGCAGAUCCCGGGAGUUUGGAUCUAUCAAGCGAGCGAGCGAGAAAAAGGGUACCCGACGGGUCACUGGACCAACGCAGCGCUGCUCCUCUUUGUCUCUGUGGUAGCUCUGGGUCUCAGGGUGUUUUAUGGGUGGAAGAAUCGCCGCCUCCAGGCGUAUGCGGAGAGCCAAGAAGUGCCUUAUAGGUGCUUCAAGUUGUAGAUCACCUGGCCUAGUCUUUUUACGUACCUCCAAGCAACAGAGAAGCCGGCUUGAUAACAAUGAACUGGAGUCGGUUUGAACUCUUCUAUGACUUGUAUGAGAAAUAUGCAUGUACAACAGGUAGCCUGGGUGGAUCUGGGCGUUGAUGUUAUUUUGGAUACCCAGUAGCAGCUGUAUAUUUUUCUGAUAUGCCGAAGUACAUUUGAUUCAAUAGAUAUGAGGAAACUGAAUGCACUGUGCCUGCGAGUAGAUGGGGCGUCGUAUAUGGUCCCAAAGGGGCGAGAUAGACAAAGAAGUAUGUAACACACCCCGUCUAGACCAUUUCGGGUGGAGUGA